AGUAGACCGGAAGUCUCGUGAUGGUCGCACCCAGCAGUCAGCUGAUCGACGGAGUAGACAUCCGGACCGCAGCUUCUUCCACACCGACCGUGGACUUCUUUACCUGCUCGACGUCUCGUUUUCCCGUACACACCUCGCCCCUAGAGCCGCCUCCUCCCGGGGGAUAAGCCGGCCAUGGCCCUCAUGGACCUGGCCAUGCAGGGGCUGUCCGUGUUCGGCCUCGGCCUGUUCUGCGUACUGUGGCUCAUGCACCUCAUCUCCAUCAUCUACGUACGGCUCCAUCUCCACCAGCGCCACCCAGAGCAGAAGCAGCCGUACUGCAAGCUGCCCGCUGUCUCACUGCUCAAACCCCUGAAGGGAGUCGACCCCAACCUCAUUAGUAACCUGGAAACCUUCUUCACCCUGGACUACCCCAAGUAUGAGAUCCUACUCUGUGUCCAGGAUAACGAUGACCCUGCUGUUGAUGUUUGCAAAAAGCUUCUGGGAAAGUACCCUGCGGUGGACGCCCGUCUCUUCAUAGGGGGUAAGAAAGUGGGCAUCAACCCCAAGAUCAACAACCUGAUGCCUGCCUAUGAGGGUGCCAAGUACGGCCUGGUUUGGAUAUGUGACAGCGGCAUCAAAGUUAAAGCAGACACCCUGACGGACCUGGCCAAUCAGAUGACAGAGAAGGUGGGGUUGGUCCACGGCCUGCCGUACGUCGCUGACAGACAGGGAUUUGCCGCUACGCUGGAGCAGGUGUACUUUGGGACGUCCCAUCCUCGCUCCUACCUGUCUGCUAAUGUGAUGGGCAUCAAGUGUGUGACUGGGAUGUCCUGUCUAAUGAGGAGGGAUGUGCUGGACCAGGCUGGGGGCCUUGGGGCCUUUGCUCAGUACAUCGCUGAGGAUUACUUUAUGGCUAAAGCAAUUGCCGACAGAGGCUGGAGGUUUGCCAUGGCAACUCAGGUGGCGAUGCAGAACUCGGGCUCCUACUCCAUUGGUCAAUUCCAGUCACGAAUGAUCAGAUGGGCUAAGCUUCGUAUCAACAUGCUACCGGGUACGGUUGUGGAGCCCAUCUCGGAGUGCUUCGUGGCUAGCCUCCUCAUCGGCUGGGCGGCGCACCACCUCUUCAGGUGUGACAUCAUGGUGUUCUUCUUCUGUCAUUGCCUCGCCUGGUUCAUCGCAGACUAUAUCCAACUACGAGGAGUCCAGGGCGGGGCGUUGAGCUACUCUAAGCUGGACUACUCGUUGGCCUGGUUGAUCAGAGAGUCUUUGUCGCUACACAUCUUCCUGUCGGCGUUGUUGGACCCCACGGUCAGCUGGAGGUCCAGCCGCUACCGCCUGCGCUGUGGUGGCACCGCCGACGAGAUCAUCGACGUGUAGCAAACCGUUGCCCUUGGACAACACCAAGACGAAUAUGUUUAUUAUAUAUCGAGGACUUGUUCUCAAAGGUUUUUUUUUUUUUUUUUAAACACACAAACCAGGAAGUAAGAAAAUGUGAUUUUAGUUUAAGUUUUAUAUUGGUGUGUGUGUGUGUGUGUGUGUGUGUGUGUGUGUGUGUGUGUGUGUGUGUGUGUGUGUGUGUGUGUGUGUGUGUGUGUGUGUGUGUGUGUGUGUGUGUGUGUGUGUUGUACAAAUUUGUAUUAUUAAUAUUUAUGUUUUAUUGGUGCUCUUAGAAACUUGGAAAAGACUCAGAAUCCGUUCAAAUCUUUCACAAAUGAAAACAAUUUGAACUGUUUAUUUUUACAUACAUUUAUAAACAGUUUGGUGUACAACUUUUACAUGUGACAAGAUUGAAGGUAAUAACAAAAUUGCAAUUUUCUUUUUUUUCUUAAAAUUGGUUUUGAUGAAGUCAUUAGGAAUUAGGAUAAAUGUAUCAUUCCAAAUAACACUGCUCAAAAAUGAAAUAAAAUCAGCCAAUUUUAGAUUUUGUUGUUGAAAUAUUUUACUUAGAUUUCUGACAUCCAAAUUGGAGCUGGUUAGAACUUCUAAAUGAAAUGUAUUUAUUUAUUUAAACAUUUCCAUUUUUUUUAUUGCUUAAAAAAAUAAUUGAUUAAGAGAUGUGCGUAAAAUAGGAAAUAAUUUUAAUUAAUGAGUUUUGAAUAGGUUGAAUUCUUUGUACAAAUUAGAUUCUAAGAAUGUUUUUUUUUAUUGUAACAUUUUGAUUUUGGCUUAGUAGUUACUAUGAUUAAAAGAAAACGUAGGAAAUCCAAAAUUUUUACAUUUGAACUAGUUGGAUGUAUUCCUUAUUUUUUUCUUUUCUUAUGGUGGGAUUCUUAUAAUUCAAACAUAUGUUGAAAAAUAUAUUUAAAAAAUUGUUUUUCUGAAAAAAUGCAGGAUUGUUUUUGUAGUAUUUUUGUUCUAUUGUUUUCCAAGAAACAUUUCCUCUGCCUGUGUUUCUACAGAUGUGUUGUUGAAACUGAUGGGGCUGAAUAAAAAAAGCAAAGAUAAAACCCAUCAUAAAA